AUGCCGUUUGAUAAGCUGGAUAAGGUGCUUUUGGAGGAUGCGAAGAACGGAGGAACAAAACUGGUUGAGAGAUUCAUUGCAGGAAUGUGGGGAGGUUUCGGAUAUGGGAUCCAGAGAAGGAUCAUGACAUUCUUCAAGAACGAGGCGAACAAGAACGACCUAUGGGAGAAGAAGGAUCUUCUAGCAUCUACCUAUGAACCAGGUAUGUGA